AAGUGAAAGCAGUGAAAUCCCCAGACUGGUAUGCCUUGUCACCGCUCCAGACGGUAAAAAGUGUUGCUCAGGUUGGGUUGGUUACCGUGACGACACACCCUGUCCCUCUUACCUUCAAGAGAAAAUGGCAUGUUGUCUGUGAACAGAAGCUGUUCCUGCUGACUGCGAAGACAGGCACCAAAAGCUACAGGCACUUUUAAAAACACGUUCCACAAACACCUCCUUGCCUGACACAAGCAAUUGAUUUUCUAGAGACAAUCUUCAUCUUUCCCCUACCAUUUUAUUUUAGUAACCAGGGACAUUCGAUGCCAAGCGGUUAUCAGAUGGCAGAGAUUGGGGAACCUGGGGACAUGGAGGAGGUGAAUGAAGCUCCGGGUCUAGAGGAGGACAGAUCCUCCCUCAAAUCCACCAUGGAGAGGAACGGGAAGACCCAACCCAACGGCCCGGUGAAGGACAAGAAACUGGGGAUGAUUAAGCAAUUUAGGGAGAGCAUGAAGCAGGUUGGAGAGAGGAGUCCUCUGUUUUCAAACAGCAAAGGGUCAAAGGACAGACCCAAUUCAGACCAGGGGAGAAUCAGUAUUGAACCUGAAGUGACAUCUCUGACCCAUCAGCUGCCACCCCCUCCCUCACCAAGUUUGAGUGCUGGGUCUCCUGUGGCCUCUCCCCUGAAGAGUCCGGGUGGGUUCUUCCAAAGGAAGGAGGGAGGAGAGAGUGCAAAAGAUUCACCACCAUCCCAGAAGAAACACUCCAGAUCACACUCAGACUCAUCAGCCAUUGGGGACUCUCUUCUGAAGAAGGGGGCUUCCAUCCGACGGAGUUUGCGACUUGUGGGGAAUAAGAAGGACAAGAUCCUCAAACAGGUGCGGCUCCCGUCUGUCACUGAGAUCACAGUGGAGGAGAAGCGAGAGAGGGAGAAGGAGAGCAUAGAGAUCAAAGAGUCAUACAUACUCCCAGAGAUACCCCUCACACCCCUCUCAGUGAUGCAGAUCAACGAGCUGAUUAAGACUGAGGUGCUGGAGGAGGCCCACCUGAACCUCCUCUCCCUACGCCAGGAGUUCCAGCGGGAGAGGGAGGAGUGCACGGAGGAGGCCUCCCCCAUGGAGCUGGCCAAGAAGGAGAAGGAUCUGAGCAUCCUUUACAGAGCCAUGCAGGAAAAGGUGAAGGAGAUAGUGCGCGACUCCAACAGCCUUUCCUCCCGCAACAAGGAGCUCCUGAUGCAUGUGGCCCGCAUCAUCCAGGAGGAGGAGAAGAGGGAGGCAGAGCCCGGGGGCGUGGUUGGGCCUGGGGACUGGCGGGGUACCUGGAGGGAGGCGGUGAGUUUGGGGGUCAAGGCAACGUUGAUGAGAGUUAAUCUGGACAGGCCCGAGCAGAAUGCCUCCUGGCUGGCUAUCCACCUGGGUCUGCUGGGCAAGGCCAUCGUAGAGGACUUGGAGAAGGUGAAGGGAGAGCUGCAGGGCUCUUACCCACCCAGCUUCAACGUGUUCAGCACCUACAUGAGCUGUUACCAUGGUGCUGUCAGCCAGCACCUGAACACGCUUCAGCAGCAGGUGACAGAUCUGAAGGACUACUACACCCUGCUGGACUGGAUCAUCAAUCGCUAUGAGAGUGAGAAGAUAAUGACCAGUCCUUCAUUGAGACCAGAGAUGGAGGCUGAGAACACAGGCCUCUCCCUGGAGGAGGGCUUCCUGGACCAGCUCAAAGCGAAAUACUGCAUGCGGGCUAAGGAGGACAUGAGAGCUUCGCUGGAUAAAAUAUUAGAGCUUGAAAACGAGGACAUUUGGAUAAAGAAACAGGCACCUGAGACUGAUGAUGAACACUUCUUCAACUCUGACAUACACAUGGAUAUUUGGACGAAAGUUGAGAGCAAUGCUGUUAACUCCAAGAGGAUUGAUGCGAACCUGGAGAUGAGAGUAGUCUGUUCCUGUCUGGAAGAGUUACAGAAGUUUCCCAAACAGUAUGCUCUGCAACAGUCCAAAGUCUGCUCUUUCUAUCUCUAUCCUAACCAUUAUUCACUGGAAAAACAAAACAAAACCGGACCUUCUCCUUUGCUUGUUAAUAACCCCAUGGCUUAUAUAUGUUUUAUUAUCUCUCCUUCACUCUCUCUCCAUCUCCAUAGAUUUGAGACCAAAUUAAGGUGCUGCUGUAACAGUGUGGAAAACUCUUCACUUUGGGCUGACUAUCAGAUAACUUACAUCAACAGCUUUACAGCUCUUAAGGAGCAUAUGGAGGGCUACAGGGAGAGCUGCCCGACACAGGUGGACCAUCUCAGCAGAGAGGUGGAUGGCCUGGUCCAUAGACUGGUCCAGGGCCUGGAGGACCAGUUUAAAAAUGAUGUCAGGCCCUACCUCAGGAGAAUGAUGACGAGGAAGUGGCUCUCCAAAGAUGAGGACUUCCAACAGCUGUAUAGCAGGACAGAGAAGCUGUCCCAGCGCUGUUCACAAAUGAGACCUCCAUAUGUACAGACCUUUGUGAGCCGCUUGCACUACUACGUGGUGAAAGAGUAUGUAUCCCAGCUAAUGAAAAACAACUACUCCUGUAAGAACAGAAAGCAUGACAAAGCAGCCACCAAGAUGAGGAUGCAGUGGGAUAAACUCAAGGAUCUGUUUGAGGAAAUGACAACCCAUGACUGGCUCCACCCAGUAGGAGACCACCUGAGUAACAUCAUUGGGGAAACAAACAAGAGGAACAUAAAGAACCACCUGGAAGUUUUAGUAGCUGACUACCCAGACAUCAGUAAGAAGCACCUGUCGGCUGUGCUGUACUUCAGGGGCUUGAUGCGGGGCAGGGAGAGGCAGGUGAUCCUGCAGCGUCUCACUGAGCUGAAGAGGGAACUGGGAACCGCAGGGAACACUGGAGAUAGUAGAAGAGCUCUCUUCAGUGACAUGCAGGUCACCGUCACCAAUACAGACUGUCUGGCUGACAUUCCUUUCUCCUGCCUCUCCUCCUCCCAGACAGAUAAGGAACGGGCCUAGAUACAGGAGCCUACCACAGAGAUGGUAACCUAACCAAGCUGUCUGAGAAAAAUAACAUACUGUACAGUAGGAUCACAAGUAUAAUCACCUCGCACAAAUCAAACGUAGAAUAAUGAUUCAUGUAAUCAAAUGGAUGCUUUAAGACACCUCAUUGAUUAAAUGGACACAAAUAAAAAUGGGUCUGAUGCUAAAUGAACUCUAUGAUGGGGUUCAAACUGUAUGUUCAGCAGGGGCGCAACUUUGGUUUUAGAAGUGGGGGGACAUAAUACAUUUUUACAAUUAUUAUUAAAAAUAUAUAAA